AAGACGAUGGCGAACUCCAGUCAGGUUUCCCAUUUCACCCUGGGAGCCUUCUACGACACCGGCUCUUUGAAAUGGCUGUACUUCGUCGUCAUAUUGUCCGUGUACGUUCUAAUGAUGCUCUCCAACCUGCUCCUCAUCAUCGUCAUAUGUUCGAACAAAACCCUCCACGAGCCUAUGUACAUUUUCCUCUGCAGUCUCUUCGUGAACGAGCUGUUCGGCAGCACCGCCUUGUUUCCGAUGCUUUUGUUUGAGAUUAUCCGGGACGUCUACACCAUUUCGGUUUCUUUUUGCUUCCUGCAGAUCUUCCUCGUUCACUCUUACGCUGCGACGGAGUUUAUGAUUCUGGCCGUCAUCUCGUAUGACAGAUAUUUGGCCGUGUGCUACCCCCUGCGGUAUAGGACGAGAAUGAACGGCAACAAAGUGAUGUGUCUUCUUGCUUUUCCCUGGUUCUACGCUUUCGGAAUUGUUCUCGUUGUGGUUUUGUUAACGUCGCUUUUACAGCUUUGUGAACAGACCGUCCCUAAAGUCUACUGCAAUAACUAUUCUAUCGUUAAGCUUUCCUGCUCUGACACUUCCGUCAACAACAUCUACGGACUCUUCGUAACGAUCCUCACAGUCUUUGGGCCUUUGCUCUUAAUGAUGAGUACGUAUAUUUGUAUUUUAAAGGUGUGCUUCAGGGGCUCCAGGCACACGCGGCAGAAAGCUCUCAGUACCUGUGCUCCUCACCUGGCCUCGCUCUUGAACUUCUCAUUCGGAGUGUUUUUCGAAGUCUUAGGGAGCAGAUUCGACCUGCAGAACUUGCACAGCGCCGUCGCGUUGGUUUUAUCGCUGUAUUUUCUGGCAGUUCAGCCACUGUUUAAUCCUUUAAUCUACGGAUUUAAACUGACCAAAGUCCGAGAGCUGUGUAAGAACAUGUUACAUUGUACUGUCAGUCACUAA